AUGUCCUCCAUUCCUUCUCCCGGCAACAAUCUCUUCCCCAAUGGCCCGCAGAUGCGACAGCCAGCGUUAUCCUUUCUAUAUCGAUUGGAAUGCGAUAUCGAAAAGCAGGAAAUUGAUGUCGGUGCUCCUCACGAUGCGGGUAUCAUACGUAGCAUUGCAAAUAUCGUACGUGGCAGCUUGAAAGGGCCUAGGAUUGAAGCGUCCAUCCUCCCACUGGGUGGUGCAGACUGGGCGACAGUGGUGAAGGGAACUCACUCAAUGAAACUCGAUGCACGAUACACCGUCCAGACCACCGACGGCCACUAUAUCUAUGUUCGGGCCCACGGGCUGUAUCGUCCGGGCCCGGGAACGGACUAUGGGAAGCAAGUUGCGGAGGACUGGCGCAGACCUCCCAAGGCGGUUGUGACGCAAGACGACGUGGAGUUUUUCUCCCAUCUGCGCCUUGAAGCGGGUCCAGGUCCGUACAAUUGGCUCAAUGGACUGGUCUGUCUCGGAGUGAUGGUUUGUGAAGACGAGAAGAUCUGGAUCGAUGCGUAUCACCUCACCAACUUCCCGGGCGUCCGGCCGGAGGAUGUGAAGGCGACGGCAUAA